CCCGUCUUGAUAACCGUUGGCGUGACAGCAGUGAGGAGGACGGGACAAGGUUCAGAAGCUUUUAUCAUCUGAUGUGAUGUUGACGGGGCGGGGUUCGGGACAGAGGUGAACAAACACAGCAGGAUUUAAACAGCUGAUCCUUUUUAGAGGAAACAUUUAGAGCGAGGAUCGUCAACCUCAGCGGGACCCAAACGAGACACCUGUGAGCUCCCACCUGGGCUGGAACAACCCUGUGAUGAAACCAAGCACCCACCCGAAGCACCCUAGAGUCUGAGGGUGGGGCGAGGGGUCAUGUAUGUCCUGUGCACCCUGGCGGUUCUGACGCUCCACAACCUGAUUAAGAACCGGAACAAACCGGAGCAAAACCGGUCCACUGAGGCCGCGGGACGGGAAGGUCGUCUGAAGGAUGGGAGCGCAGGCGACGGGUGCUGGGGGGUGUCCGGGACCCGGGAUCGAGUGGAUGGAUCAAUGAUCCGCAGAGCUGAGGGGAAGAGGAGGCGAGGGGCCAUACACAACCUCCCUAACAGCAGGAAGCAAGUCCAGCCGGUCCAGCGGUCCAGCGCUCUGGUCAACCCGGCGGUCAUGUUCGGCACACGAAAGACCUGGGACCUCGGCCACGCCCCCUGCCUGCAGGAUCUCUGGAAGAAAGACCUCUCAUUGGAUGCGAGCUCAGUGGACUUCCUGAUGAGUGAUGGUGAAGACGACGGCUCCUUCCUUUCUCUGCCCAGUACCGCCUUCUCGCAGCGCCCCUCUCUGACCGCCGAGCUCAGCGAAACGAGCACGACCAGCCAGCAGCUGAUUAUCCAGACCCUACAGGACAAAGUUUGCGAGUUUCAGGCUCGACUUCACUCUGAAGAAGUAGCCCGCCACCUGCUGGUGCAGCAGCUGCAGCAGAGUGUCAAAGAGAAGACGGGUGGAGGCGCUGAGACGCUACAGGAGGAGCAGACGUCAGAGACGCCCAAGGGUGUGAGGGUGGUGCAGCCCGGUGCAGAUCGUCUCAGCUGUCCAGAGGAAGAGCAGCUCGUUACUCGGCUGCGCACACAGGUGGAGGAGCUGGAGGAGAAGCUGUUGGAUCAGACCCAGGAGGUGGAGAGACUUCGCUCUGAACUGGGGGCGACAGACCUGGAGAAGCAGCUGGAGCUGCUGGUGGUGGAGAAUGAGCGUCUGAAGCAGGAGCUUAAGUCAUGCAGGAGCUCAAAGCUUCAGAAGCUCGACGCUGCCGCAGAGACCUGCAGCUGCAGCCACUGCCCCCACAGCCAGGAUGCGGAGGCCCUGCGGAGGGAGGUGUCCCGCUGGGAGACCCAGGCCCGUCAGAGGGAGCGGCGGCUGGCUGAGUUGGAGAGAGAGCUGCUGGAGAAAAGCUCCAGGACGGAGGCCCUCCAACGGCAGCUGGACGACUCCACCCGGCAGCUGGACGACAGCCGCAGGCAGCUGGAGGAGUCGAGGCGGAGGCAGGGGGAGGCUGAACAGAAACUCACCCUCCGGCUGCAGGAGUGCGAGGAGGAGCUCGCCAGACAGGCAGCCACGCCCCCCAGAGUCAAAUAUGUGACGCAGACGGUGGAGGUGGAGUCGGCGGACUCUCAGAAAGCUGUGGCUGAAAUGCAGGUGAAGAACAACGCCCUGCAGGAGCAGCUUUCUGCACAGAGGCAGCUGCUGCGAGAGCUCGAGACGCAGCUGCAUGAGUCGCAGAGGACCUGCGCUCAGCUCAGGACGCAGCUGCUUGCUGAUCGAGGCCGUCUGUGUGGCCUCCUGUCCAAGGCCGUCGGCCGGCGCAACAGCGAGGUGGUCCGCAGGUUAUCGAAGAUCCUGGUUUAUGAAGGAGAGAUGGAGCGAGCUCAGGGUCAGCUGGAGGCAGAGAUGCAGAACCUGGAGGAGGAGAAGAACCGUGUCAUCGAGGAGGCGUUCAUCCGAGCCGAGAGCGAGAUGAAGGCCGUCCACGAGAACCUCGCAGGUGUGCGUAUGAACCUGCUGAGCCUGCAGCCGGCCCUCAGGACUCUCACCUCGGACUACAACUGUCUGAAGAGGCAGGUACAGGACUUCCCCUUCAUGCUGGACAAAGCAAUCACGGAGGCCAAACAGGAGAUCUGCCAGGUGAUCAGUGAGGUGAGCAGCACCAACCAGGAGCUGCUGCGUAAAUACAAGCGAGAAAUGAACCUGAGGAAGAAAUGCCACAACGAGCUGGUUCGACUCAAAGGUAACAUCCGUGUGUUCUGUCGCGUCCGGCCGGUCAGUCAGGAGGAGCAGGACUCCGCCGAUGCCAAAACCAUGCUGAGCUUCGACUCGGACGACGACGCCAUCCUCUACCUCUCUAACAAGGGCAAGGUCAUGACCUUUGAGCUGGAUAAAGUCUUCCCCCCUCACGCCACGCAGGAAGAGGUGUUUCAAGAGGUUCAGGCUCUGAUCACUUCCUGUAUUGAUGGCUAUAACGUCUGCAUCUUCGCCUACGGGCAGACCGGCUCCGGGAAAACCUACACCAUGGAGGGUGUCGCCGAUAAUCCCGGCAUCAACCAGCGUGCUCUGCGGCUGCUGUUCUCCGAGGUGACGGAAAAAGCUCCAGACUGGGACUACAAAAUCACCGUCAGCAUGGUGGAAAUCUACAACGAGACGCUGCGGGACCUGCUCGGGGAGAAUCCGUCUGACAAGCUCGACAUAAAGAUGAAUCCCGAUGGCAGCGGCCAACUCUACGUCCCCGGACUGACCGAGAUCACCGUGCAGAGUCCCGAGGACAUCAACAAGGUGUUUGAGUUGGGUCACGUCAACAGAGCGACAGCCUGCACCAACCUGAACGAGCACAGCUCGCGGUCACAUGCUCUGCUCAUCAUCACGGUCUCUGGAUUCAACACAGCCACUGGCAACCGCACGCAAGGGAAGCUGAACCUCGUGGACCUGGCGGGCUCGGAGCGGAUCGGUAAGUCGGGGGCGGAGGGCAGUCGGCUCAGAGAAGCUCAGUGCAUCAACAAAUCCCUGUCGGCGCUCGGCGAUGUCAUCAACGCGCUGCGGAGCAAACACUCCCACGUCCCGUUCAGAAACUCCCGCCUCACGUACCUGCUGCAGGACUCGCUGAGCGGAGACAGCAAGACCCUGAUGAUGGUGCAGGUCUCUCCGUUGCCCAGCAACAUGAGCGAGUCAGUCUGCUCGCUGAAGUUCGCUCAGAGGGUUCGCAGCGUCGAGCUGAGCUCCUCGUCCUCCAGGAAACACGAGAACUCAUCCACGUCAUCCUCGCCCACCCACGACAGCGUUGAGCUGGACUCCCCCCCGGUGACCCCGGUCCCUCUCCCCAUCUCUCGGGCCAGCAGCGCCGGCUCCACCCUCUCCUCCGCCUCCAGAACUCCCAGCAGCUCCCGCAGGAGGUCCCAGUCGCAGCUCUCCACAGGUCUGAGCUGUAAGAGUGGAGGAGGAAUUUUCCAGGAACGCCCGCUGUCAGUCUGUCCUCCUCCUCCUUCUUCUUCUGUGUCCUCAUUCUGUGGUCUGAUUGGUUGGUUUGCAGACAGACAGGUAGACAGAGCCAGCCCAUUGGUGGGGGACGGUGGGCAGGACGACUGAAGCUGACAGCCUGACGGACGCCACGAUGUCGCUGCAGGACGGGCGGCGGGGUGUCAGCCAGCACCCCGAGGCCUCUGCCGCCUCCCUGCUGCUCUUCCUGGAUUUAUUUCCUCCUCAGCCAACGACAGGAGCGGCAAAAACGAGCAAAGACCGAUGGGAACUUUAUAGGACAGGACGGUCUUAAAUCUGAACAGACUCUCAUGAGACGAUGGCCAAACGUCUGGACUGCAGUGACGUCUGAUAUGAGCUGACGGGACUCGCGCUCCUCCGUCGGGACUCAACUAAAAUCCUUAUUAACCCUGAAAUCAGUAUCUGCUCUCCGAUCAGUAUUUCUCAUUGUUUCUUUGUUGCACUUUAAACUUUUAAUUAUUUUCUAACCCAAAAGUGGUUGAUGAUGCAUAAAUGCAUAAUGUGUUUGUAUAUUUAUGUUUGACAUGCUUUAAUUGUUUUUCUUUUGGAGAAUGCGGGCACGUGAAUUUUUCCGUUUUUGUGAUCCAAAUUUAAUUUUUUUUUUUUUUUUAAUAUUAUUUUGUCUCCAUCUGUUUUUAAUCUUUUUUCUCUGCACCGUGUUCGAUGGAGGAUUUUGAGGCUGAAACCUUAAAGUGUACAUUUUUUUUCAUAAAGUUGGGAUAAAUUUAAGUUUUUUUUCACGCGUGUUGUGUUCCCAUCUGUAGUUUCUGAAGGCUUUCCUCCUUUAUCCAAUCAGGGUACUCCACUGAUCCUAAGCUGUCCAAUAGGACGUGAGCAAUACGAGGAAAUCUGUAGGUUGAUUCUCAGUCUUCUGCUCCUGUGGACGUUCCGUUUAUUUCAAACUUCCUUCAGCUAGAAGAACAAAAAGACUCGAAUCGUAUCUAAACUCCUUUCUUCUCUGUGCGCUUCUGCUGUCAUCUCUUCACCUGUUUGGAGAAAACAAAAACCUCCAGGAAACCACUGGUGACCUUUGACCUGAGAUAGGACACGUGUAGCUGUUGACUUGGUGCUGUUGCUGAGGCGAAGUGGACUGUUAGCUGUAGCUGUAGUAAACAGGAAUGCUUAGAAACGCGAUGAGCUGCUGUGUGUUGUUGACCUGAUGAUCAAACUCUCUGCUUGCUGUUUUGUUUUGGGGUUUUUUGUAUUUACUUUUUAAUAAACGCUCCAGAACAAACGCACACGUUGGCGUCGUGUGGACACAAAUAUUUGACACGCCAUCACUGUAGAUUUGAAAACGACACGAUCAAGAUGUGAGUGGAUUUAAUCUAAAGGGCGUUGAUAAAAUGACUGAAUUAACCACUUUUUUUUUUCCUAGCGCCACUUUCACAGAGUCAAAAGUAACUGGACAAACUGAGCUGAGUGAGUGGAUUGCACCUCAUUUCCUGUCUUUGUCUCCAAUGUUCCCACACAGCUUAAAGGCAACACUGACUUGAGAGAAGAACCAAUCACAUUUAAGGAUCGCAUCAGUCAGGAUGGCUUUAGACAAAAGGUGAAUGAUCGUUUCUACCUGCAGUAAUUGGCUCCAACUUGAUGUCACCUGUUGGUGACACCUGCACAGUUCCUCAGGCCGGCUGAAUAGGAGAAGGUGGGCUGCAAAGCGGCUUGCAGGUACAGAGAUUUGUUUAGGAUGUGUAGAUUUGCCAGGGCUGUCAGAGUUUGGCUAAUGAACUUUGAGGUGCUUCAGGACGUUUCGGCUCUCACCCAAAAGACUUUUUCACUCCUAACAGCUAACUGGGAGUCCCACAUGUUUGAGCUCUACUGGGGUUGUCCCCUUGGAGGUGGUCCUGAGAGUUGUCAUGUGACUCAUUAGAGACACUUGGACUAAGGUGCGAGUCUGGUUUGAGGGAUCUGGUGGCUGAUAGCUGGCGCUUGGAAAUGAUUUCAGGUGGACAUGAGACCCAGGUGUUUAAUCUCUAGUGUCAGCUGCUUUAUUUAUAGAGACACCAUCGUCCAGCUUUUAGAUCUGAAAAAGUUUUUUAGACGUGAGACAGGAAAACCCUGAGUGAUCGGGAACCUACAGACUCGUUUUAAUAAUUCAAUUCAGUUUUAUUUAUAUAGCACCAAAUCACAACAAUGGUCCUCUCAUUGGAAGAGAGCCAGAGAUAACUGAACUCAACCAUGCGAACCUUCCCUCCUUUGCUUCAGCUGACUCUGGGUCUAUCACCAACCCUCAGCUUGUGUUCAGGAAGUGAAAAGCAUGCUCAGCUGAUUUAGGGUCAGCUGAUCGACUCGACUGUCGAAUAUUCUGGGUCUUGGGUUACUUUCACAGAACGUUUUGGGUUGUCCAGUCAAUGAUCGUGUAAAUCUGGCUGUUUCUGUCCCAGUAAUAAACACCAGUGACACCGCCCACACGUCACACUGCCUCUGUGUUUUCAAACCUGUGCCAUGCUGUAAUGUUUCAGUCACAUAUUUACUAUUUUAAAUAAAUUGUAGUCGAAUACAAUAAGCAAAAGAA